AUGAGAUACGCAACCAUCCUUCUCACUACGAUCGCCGUUCUGAUCCAUCCCGGUAGUGGAAAUCCUGACUCUUGCGAAAGGGUGUCUUCAGACGAGGAAAGACGAACUUACGAACGUUUUUAUUUUUAUCUCCGUCAAAAUGCUGCUACAGGCAGAAGUUUUAAAGGAACGGAAUUUCCACGGGCACAGCUGAUGUAUGUGAUGAAAGAAGAUGGUGAUCUAAAAGAGGAAGCAAGUAAUUUGGUGGAAAAUCUAAGUGCGCCGCUAAGAAGUGACAGCGAAGUUCACUUCAGAGGAGAGUACCCUGGAAGCUUGGAAAGGAUGCUGGAGACCAUUUUGAAAGACCCUACUCAAUUUCCUAAGCUCGUUUACCCGUAUGCAGCGCAGUAUGGAUGCUCGUACAAAUUGGAAAAUAAAAAUGGAACUUGCGCAGCCACACUGUACUGCGUCCUUGCACACCUGAAUACGAGAUUUGUGCCGGGACCGUGUGUAAAGGAUAGCGACUGCCCCUACCAGCCAGCAAGUUGCAAGCUGAAUCUAUGCUACUCCAAGGGGAAAUAG